AUGUUGCUCACUUUGGUAUUGUUGGCUUCCUUCCUGACAACCUUCGGCGUUCAAGGCUAUAUCAGGCUUCCCCUACCGAAAGAUGGGUUACUCGCACUCGAGUAUCUCGGCAGAAUGUACAACGACGACCUUAUAUGGAUGGACGAUUUGUCGGACAUGGACCCAGGACCAGAAGAUGAUUACGACGAAGAUGAUGAUCUGCGGAUACACGGAGAAGCAUGCUUCUUAUAUACCGACCGUAGAACAUGGUAUGAUAAAGUUAUAAAAGGCUUCAACAACGUUUUCCAUAAACAUGGAAAAGAAGUGAGUCGAAUUCAUCUGAAUUCUCAGUUUGCGUCAAUUCUUACGUAG